AUGGAGCAUCUUAUGCUGGUCUCUCUAUCCCUGGGCAGCAUGUUAUCGUUCUUUGCCUACUGCAUCCUUCUUAGUGUUUUAAAUUUUAUCGCGUUUAUCAUCGAUUAUGGGGCCUUGUUGCAUCUGGUACAUCGACAUCCAUUGUCUACCCUUCCACGGUUCAUGUGGUCCGCUCGAAUGGGCUACUCAGCUCCGUUCACACUGAGCUUGACCGAGCUCACAUUGGUCGGUUAUUUGACCUUGUACACAGUAACUGGUACAGUUUUUGUUACCGACACGCCAGUGUAUUCCCGUCCAUCUUUAUGGCGCGUGUACUUUUGGGUUUUUCUUUUCCAACGCAUUUCUCGUCUAGCUACUCUGCUACGUUCACCUCUCCUCAGUCUUCCCGUUCCUGAACUAAACACAAACCGACUCGGGCACAGCAAUCAAACUAAGUCGAUCACUGAGAGCAAGAGUACGCAUAAAUACUCCAGAUUAAAUUUGGUCCUAACUCUCACCUGCUUCUCCGCCUGGUUCUACCUGGCCUGUGUCCUUCGCUGGAUGGAGUUGAUCCAUCACCUGCUGGUCGCUCACUCGUUUCUGAUCUGUUUGUAUACUAGCCGAUUGGUCCAGUGGACAACAUGGCUCAUGACUUCCUGCACUCUGUCUGAUACAGUUUCAGAAUUUACAAGUCAGCUAGACUGCACGGCUCUUUGUUUACAUUUGAUUCCCGCCUGUCUUUUACCUUAUUUUUGGUCUCCUCAAUCCGGUCCUGCCAGGUUCCAAUGGGUUGUUGAAUUGUUCUUGUUUCUGUUAGUUCAUCUUUACGACCAUUAUCGGUAUGACGAUGUUUGGACUAAGACAAAACCGUCAUCUUGCAUGUCAUUUGGGUCGGGUCCGAAUGCGAUCGUCUUCUGUGCUUUAUGCUUACGACGUCGGCAUCGUCCGUUUACAUCAUUUGCUUCACCGGAUACCCCUGAACCGGAUACGCUACCUUGCCGACAUGUGGUACAUCGAGCUUGUUACCGAAUUUGGCAAGCAAUCGCACCAGAAUGUACCGAAUGCAAACUGUUAGCUGCAUAUGGUAAGCAUUUGUAA